AUGGCAGAGCCCGCAUCAGCCUUCCUGGCCUUGAUCGUCGCCGGUUUAAAAUCCUGGCAAAAGAUCGACCACUUGGUGAAAUCUGUCAAGGAUGCUCCGAGAAAACUGGAGCAGUGGCAGAGACUCGGGGUGGUGUUACAAGCAUCUGCGGACAUCAUCGAGACGAGGAUCAAAGACGGACGAGAUAACUUGACAGAACCCGAAGAGAAGCUUUGCAGGGCCACGGGACAGUUCGCAAAAGAUUUCCGGAAGGAUCUUGAUGAACUAGAGAGAAAGAUACCGACUACCAAAGCGAAAGGUGGUAGCAAAUAUUGGCUAUCGCUAAAGACAUGGCUACACGAGGAUGAGGAGCUAUUUACUCGUCUGAGUCGUAACGCUGAGAUAUUUCAGCUGAGCACAUCGGCACUAUCCUUAGUUUGUCCUCCACCCCCAGCUGCCGCUGGCCAGCGGAUCACCGAGGUCCGUCGGUUCAUCGACCAUAUCACCGUCGAGAAGCUAGAUCAACUGAACUAUGGAGAGAACCCGGACCUGAUCCGAGUGACGGAGGCUCUCUACGAGGUUGCUGAGGUCGCUGCUCAACGUGGGCUUCCCGAUCUUUCACUAGACACCUCGGCAAGCAUGAUUAUUGUACCGAAUACAUCGAGCGCACCGACCGAAGAGACGGUACCACGACGAGCAUCAAAUAUUAGCGCGUGGGAACUACAAGACAGAUUCGAAGCUGCCUUGUCUCGCGCAAAACAAAUGUAUGAGGCUGGGUACCCCAUCUUUGCUAAGAAAGCAUAUGACAAGGCUAUGGAAGACAGAAAGGAGAUGCAGUCCCAAGGGAUAGACACUAUUGGCGUUACUGAAUGGAUCAAUAUGGAGAUAGUCCACGUCCGGAUCAUCAAAGCGUGCGUGCCACAUGAUGAGUCUCACGAAGCGCUGGCAAACGAUCGGCUACAAAGUCUCAAGUCCAGUCUCCGUGAAAUUCGUAGCCCAACCAUCAAUCCUGAGCUUUGCGAUCAGCAGGAGAGGGUUGGGAUUCUGUGCGCCGACAUGGAUGAUUUUGGAGGAGCUGAGGAGUUUCUUAGAUUGCCUCUUGAUGCAUAUUUGACAGAGUAUCAAGCGUAUACACACAAGAUACAGUGGAUAUCGGCGCUGCUCUGUGAGCAAUACGACCGUUGGGUGCAACCAGACAGCCGGUUUGCCUUUGAGAAGACUAUGUUCAGAACGCUGCAUUACAACCCAGCAUCGAGUCGCAAGGCAAUGGCCGCUACCAUUGAAUGGUGCCGUCAUCAUAAACACGAAGUCUCGACAGUUGAAGGACGACUUCAUAUCCCCGAGGAGAACUACGGCGGCGAUACACCACUCCAUGAUGCUGCCGGGGAUGCUUCUGUCAAGCUGGAGGUUAUGCAUCAUUUGGUAUCCUUGGGACAUGGGCCAAAACUAGACGCAAACGGAGACACACCCCUGUUCAAAGCCGUACGGUACUCAAACAAUGUCGCGCUCGGGGUUCUUCUACGGAUCAACGGAUCAGUUCAUAUUCGCAACAGCAAGAAGGAGACACCACUACACCUCUGUGACAAUGAAGAGACACUGAGUCUGUUACUCAAAGAGAUAAAGAAACCCGUGCAUGGGCCGCCCAAUUAUGCCACUCACCAACAAGACUUCAGCCUAGUUGACAUCGACUCGGAGGAUAGAUACGGAGAAACAGCACUCCACAGAGCUUGCAAGAUAGGAAGUGCUAGGAUGGUCGAACUCUUGGUAUCAGAAGGCGCAAAGGUCAAUGGAGUUUCAAAAUCCAACCGCACACCGUUGAUGAUCAACUGCUUAGUUAGUGAACUCAAUGGGGGAACGAGGCUGAGUAGAAAAAGACGACAGAUUCUCGAAAUACUGAUCAACCACAAGGCAGACACAACGCACAAUGAUGAAAGAAACAACGCAGUCCGCAAAAGUCUCAAGAAGAGAGGCUACAAAACAGUUGAAAUUGAUGAGAUGCUCUCACCGGACCCGACACAGAGAUUGGCAUGGGGUUUGACACAAGCAAGGAGUUUAGAAUCGCCAGGGAGUGGACCUGAAAGACCAUCUCUCGCAACGGAAAGUGUUGUUUCUUACAACCGACCUAUAGAAAUGACAGCGGAUACCCUACCAAGACCGGCCGAACUAGCUACAGCAGCUGAUGUGCCUCGAUAUAUGCAGCCAGCUUCUGGCUACGACGUGUUUAUGCAACCACAGUCGUAUAAUCCGCAGCUGGCUGAGUUGCCUGGGUCUACACCAGCAGUUGAUUUUGAAGGGGACAUAGCGCCUGCGACAGAGGUGCAUCAUGAGCGGAGGCUCUCACGUAGCAGUGGAUUGAGAAGCAUGGGGAGAAAGCUGAGAGUCCGAAGAGGUUAG